AUGGUGACUUCAUCAUCGUCAAAAUCAUCGUCCAAUGCGAGGAAACGAGAUAAAGGGAAUGGCGGGAAUAAAAAAAGUCUUCGCGUCUUUUCGCGAGCGGUACCGGCGGACGUGCGAGCCUUUAUGGAUACGUUACCGGACGAGAAAGUCACCACCUUCCCCAGAGGUGCGGAAGCUGGUUGGAAAGUGCAUAAAUUCGGUGGCACGUGCGUCGGCUCCUCGGAGAGAAUAUCCGGCGUCUGCGACUUACUCAUCGACAGCGCGAAAAACGGGAACCAAACGUUCGCGGUGGUAUCCGCGAUGGGGGUGAUCACGAAAUCGGAACCGAAAGUGACGGAUUGCUUGAUAAACGCGACGACGAUGGCGGCGGCGAGAUCGAGGGAUUACGUGGAAGAGUUGGAAAAGUUGAGAGAGAAACACACGACGACGGCGACGGAUUUGUUGACGAUACCGAAGGAAUUCGAUAAGUACAUGGAAUCUUUUAAUAAAGAGUUGGAAGAUUUAGGGUCGAUGUUGAAGGCGAUUUCUAUCGUAGGGUGCUCGACGGAAACGUUUGCGGAUUUUGUGGUUGGUCACGGGGAGUUGUGGACGGCGCGAUUGACCGCCGCGGCGAUUCGAUGUAAAGGAGGAAAAUCGUAUUGGAUCGACGCCAGAGAAAUAUUGGUAGUGACCGAAGCCGAAGACGGAGGCGUAGACGUGGAUUACGAUAAGUCUAACUAUCGCUUGGAUUUGUGGAAUCAUUUAACGCACAUGAGAGGCAGCCUCGAUAAAGAUACGAUCGUCGUAUGCACCGGUUUCAUCGCGUCUACGCCGGAGGGGUUUCCUACGACGUUGAAACGAAACGGGAGCGAUUACUCCGCGACCAUCUUUGGCGCGUUACUCGUCGCGGACGAUAUCACCAUCUGGACCGACGUCGAUGGAGUGUACUCCUCUGAUCCGAGACGCGUGAAAGACGCCGUAUGCUUGGAACGCUUGUCCUACAAUGAGGCGUGGGAGUUGGCGUAUUUUGGCGCGAACGUCUUGCACCCGCGAACGACGUUACCGGCUAUGAAAUAUUCAAUUCCGAUUUGCAUCAGGAACUACUUCAAUCAAUCUGCACCGGGGACAUUGAUUGCGGCGAGAUGCGAGAUUCCAGCCGACGAAUCCAAAAAAGGCACGAAAAAUGUUGGUAGUCGCGUGUCCACCGCGGGCGAGUUGAUUAAAGGUAUUACCACCAUCGACGACGUGUGCUUAAUCACCGUGGAAGGUACCGGUCUCGUUGGUGUUCCAGGUUUUGCCUCGGCGGUUUUCAGUACCGUUCGCGAUGCCAACUGUAACGUGGUUAUGAUUUCGCAAGCGUCCUCGGAACACUCGAUUUGUUUCGCCGUUCGCCAAAACGAAGCCGACAAAGUCGUGGAGGCGCUGAACAAGCGAUUCGAGAAGGCUAUCGCCGCUGGGAGAGUCUCGAGAGUCGUCGCUUUGAACAACUGCUCCAUCUUAUCCGCGGUUGGUCAAAAUAUGGCGAACGUCCCGGGCGUCUCGGCGAUGUUGUUUACCGCCUUGGCAUCCGCCGCGGUCAACGUCAUCGCCAUCUCCCAAGGUGCGAGUGAAUACAACAUUACCGUCGUGAUCAAGAAAUCUGAUUGCAUCAAGGCCGUCAACGCCGUGCACUCAAGAUUCUACGCCUCGCGAACUCCGUUAUCGGUUGGGAUCGUCGGUCCCGGCUUGGUCGGCAAAACCUUGUUGGCGCAAAUGCAAGAGCAAAAACAAACUUUAUUGGAUAAAUUUGGCGUCGAUUUACGCGUCGUCGCUAUUUCCGGCGGUAGCAAAAUGCACUUGGCCGAAACCGGCGGUUUCAUCGACUUGGACGACUGGGAGAAUAAAUACUCCAACGAAAACGAAGCGGCGGAUUUCGAAAAGUUCACCGAUCACGUAGAAGAAUCCAACUCACCGAAUCAAGUCAUCAUCGAUUGCUCAGCUUCGGAUGCCGUCGCGUUGCAAUACAAAGGAUGGCUCAGCAGAGGUAUUCACGUCGUCACGCCGAACAAGAAAGCCAACUCGGGACCGUACGAGUAUUACAAGUCCUUGAGAAACAUUCAAAGAGAUUCGUACACGCAUUACUUUUACGAAGCCACCGUUGGCGCCGGUUUACCGAUUAUUUCCACCGUGAAAUCGUUAGAAGACGCCGGUGAUGACAUCAAAUUAAUUCAAGGCAUCUUCUCCGGGACGUUGAGUUAUAUCUUCAACACGUUAACGCCGGAUAAGAAAUUCUCCGACGUCGUCGCCGAGGCCAAAGCGAACGGGUACACGGAACCGGAUCCGAGAGAUGAUUUGUCCGGUGUUGACGUGGCGAGAAAGGUGACGAUUUUGGCGCGCGAGUGCGGCUUAUCCUUGGAAUUGAGCGAUAUCCCGAUCGAAUCGUUAGUUCCGGAACCUUUACAAAACGUCGAAUCCGUGGACGAGUUCAUGCAAAAGCUCCCGGACUACGACCACGAAAUCGCGGCGAAAAUGGCCGCCGCCGAAGCGAACGGGAACAAGCUCAUUUUCGUCGGCGUCGUCGACGUCGAGAACAAGAAAGGCUCGGUGCAAUUGAAAGAGUACCCGAAAGAUCAUCCGUUCGCGCAGUUGAAAGGUUCGGAUAAUAUCAUCUCGUACAUCUCCAAGCGAUACACGGAAGCGGGACCGUUGGUGGUUCGCGGCCCCGGGGCGGGCGCCGAAGUCACCGCAGGGGGUGUUUUCGCGGACGUUUUGAGAGUGUGCGCGCACUUAGGUGCCCCGUCUUAA